UUUCAGCUUGUGGUAGAAAUAAGCGAUUUCUAGAACGAAGAUAAAGUUUGAAGUCCUGUAUGUCUGAUAAUAUGAAAAGUAUGUGCGUUUUACUGAUAAAUUGAUCGAGAUAAGACCGAUCGUACAAUUAGGGACAUAUGUGUUUUCUUUGGAGGCAAUGUAACUGAACUCGGGUAUUGCGAAAGGGAACACAACAGGAAUCGUGUGGAGAACAGCGCAGUAAUCCGGUCGCUGGCCUUCCGAUGACAGCGGGGUAGCAUGAACUGUUUGUUUUCUUCCUUGCCGUCGUAAUAGCAUUCUCAAGCUCAUUGGGAUACUAAAUUAACAUCUGUCAUGCAUCAGGGCAUAUCCGAAGAGGAGUUCACUCAGCUCCAGAAUCAGUUUUUGGCAUUAAAGGCCACAAACUAUGCACUGGAAGAGGACAAAAGAAAGCAAGCAUCAGUGCUGGCCGAGCAUCAGAGUCGGCUGCAGCGGUCCGACCGCGAGGUGGCGCGCCUGCAGCAGGUGGUCGACAAGAGCAAGAAGGCGCGCGAGGUGGAGCUGAUCCUGCAGACCAAUGCCAGCCUGGAGAAGAAGCUGGUCUCGCAGGAGGACGACUUCCGGCUGCAGAAUCAGACGCUGCUGCAGGAGCUGUCCGUGUACGUUUCUGCAAAUGAGAAGCUGGAAAAUGAGCUGCAAGCUCUCCAGGAUGGCAAACCGGAAUUGCUGGAGUCACGGUAUGCUGAGGAGAUGCUACACCUGCGCGCCGAGUCAGAGGCGCUGCGCCAGGAGCUGGCCGCCGUGCGCGACCAGACGGCCACCGAACUGGCCCAGCUUCGGCAUAAGGUGGCCGCCCUCACCGAGGUCAACGCCCAGCUGGAGCGCGCCGCCCGGCCCGACGACGCCGACCCGGUCUUGACGGAGGACUCCGAGUACGUGGAGGUGGGUAGUGCCGAGGUGUGCUACAAGAAGGCCGCCAGCAGCGCGCACGAGCUGCUGGAGGUAGCUGAGCAGAGGAUACAGGAGCUGCAGGAGGACAUUCAGCAGUAUGCAGACAUGCGCCUGGCGCUGGACACCACCCGGCGCGAGCUGGACAUGGCGCGCGACGAGGCCCGCCGGCUGCGCGACGGUGGCGCCGCGGCCGGCCGGGAUCCGGAGGCCGAGCAACUGCCGGCCAAGCUGGCCAGAAAGCAGGAGAGUUACCUGCGCCUGCAGGAGGAGAUGGAGGCGCUGCGGCAGAGCAAGCAAGCCGAGAUUGACGACCUGCGGCUGCAGCAGCAGAGGGACGCCGCCGAGGCCAGGGAGAGAACGCAGCGCUACCAGACCCAGCUGAAUAACGGCUACAGCGUACUGAAGGCCGAGCGAGAGAAGUCUGCGGCCACCAUCAAGGACCUGACUGACCGGCUGAGAAAACAUGAACCCGUGGAGCCGGCGGGGGAGCAGCAGCAACAGGAAUCGGAGGUGGGCGCCGGCGACUCUGACCAAUCGGCGCCGUCGGCCGAGCUGGCCUCGCUGGCCGAGACGACCGAACGGCUGCGACACACCGAGGCCGAGGCCGAGGCGCAGCGCGAGGAGGGCGAGGCGCGCAUCGCCGACGCCGAGGCACGCCUGCUCGAGACGGAGACGCGCCUCGCCGAGUCGGAGGCGCGCCUGGUCGCCACCGAGGCGCGCCUGGCUGAGACGGAGACGGACAGGGACGACGCCAGCAAGUUGGCCGCGAAGCGGAAGAGCGUGCUGGACGAGAUGGCGGCGCACAUCAAUCAGCUGACUGAGGAGCACGCCGAGGUGCUGAAGACAGCCGGCGAGGCGCGCGACCGGCUCCAGACGCUGGUCGACCAGCGCACCGACGAGCUGCAGGGGGCCGGCCAGUGCCUGGCGCAGACGGAGGCCGACCUGGGCCGCGCCCAGGAGUCGCUGGAGUCGGAGCGCCGGCUCCGGCUGGACCAGGAGCGCCGGCUGGCCGAGCGCGAGCGGGAGCACGCCGCUCGACUGCAGCGGCAGGAGCAGGAAGCGGCUGAGGAGCGACAGGAACGCACCCGGAUGGAAGAGGCGCACAGCGAGCGCGUCAAGGACCUGACCAUGCAGCUGGAAAUCACGUCCGCCCAGCUGGCCGAGUUCAAGGAGAAGGCCGCCGCCCUGCGUCAGGAGGUGAAGGACAGCGUCGACGAGAAGCGGAUCCACGAGCGCAAGGGCGCGUCCGUCAUCAAGGACCUGCGACGUCAGCUGGCGCAGGAGCGCCGCCGCGCCGACAAGCUGCAGCAGGCCCUGCAGGACGCGCCGCUGGCCGACAAGCCAGCCGAGCUGUCGCCGCCGCCGCCGCCCGAGUCGGACGUCCAGUCCGUGUCCAGCUGGUCGCUGAUGAGCGGCGAGAACGGCGCGCCGUCGGCCAACGGCAGCGGCGACUCGCCCGUCGACACGGAGACGGUCGGCCUGCUGGCGCGCAUCACACGGCUCCAGGAGGAGAAGUGGCGCGUGGAGGAGAAGCUGAACCACCUGGAGCAGAGCAGCGGCGCGCUGGCCGACGACCUGGCCAGCAAGGCGGCGCUCAUCCAGUUCUACUGCAUGGAGGGCCGGCAGGCAGCGGCGGCGCACGCGUCGUCCGAGGGCCUGGCACCGGUGAAGAAGCUGGUGGACUUCGUCAAGCAUCUGUCGCAGGACGAGCAGCAGCGCGAGAUGCAGCGGCGCAUGCAGAACAUGCUUGAGGAGACGCUCACCAAGAACAUGCACCUGCAGCAGAACCUGAAGACCAUGUCGGACGAGUUGGUGGCGGCGCGGCGGAAGGCGGCCGGCUGCUGAGACCGACGGGCUCGGCAGACCCAGCGGAUGGCAGCUGCAGUGUCACCCGCGCCCAGUGACAGGCGCAGCGGCCUUAGGGCCUCUGAAGCGCCGCUGAGGCUGACAGCUGGUGGUGACUGGAGAGUCGCGUCUCAUUAGGAAAGAACGAGAAACGUGCGACGGAACUGUGCUUGCUUGUCACGCCGCCUGCCCGUUACAAUGGCGUGCUGCUGGGGAGGACUUGACGGCGUGACUGGUGAUCACGCCGGUGAGGCACCGCUGGCUGUGGUGAGAGAUCUGAGACGCGCGGCACGCGGGUGGCUCGGCCGGUGCGGGCUGGCGCGGCCCGUCCUGCAGAGGACCACCGCAGCGGCGCGCGCGGCCGUCAGCCCGGCCUCGCAGCGGCGCGGGCCGUCCCAUGGCCGUCCGCCGCCGCUGCUGCUGCGGACCAGUCCGUAUGAAAGCCUACGAAAGGCGAGAUCUGCCCAGCACAGCUUCCGAUGUCUUGUGCUCGGUUGGAGCGCUGCUGCUUAGACCCGUCCUAUAUCCAGCUCCGUUGCCACACGGGCCCCUGUAGUGUUGCGGGUUGAGCAGCUGUGGUGCCUCCUUUUUCCACCCUCUGUGCCCGCUUGGUGGCUGGGGUUUGGCAGUGACGUGGCAUCUCUGGUAGGUUAGCGGACUCGGGGCUGUGCCGUGCUUAGCCGCACACAGCUGAUGGGCGCUGCUGCGGUAUCAGGGGUCCGUGAGGACGCCUUCACAACAGCGUCCCUGGCAUGGCGUAACGAGUCCACGGCGUUCUGGCACGAGGAGAACUGUGAGUGCUGUAGCGGAAGUGCACUGUUCUGGGCGGGCGGUGCCCGUGUAUACGCAGUCGAGUCUAGGGCAACGGGUUGAAUGAAGAUCAUGAACCAUUAAUGUGUGAAAUAUUUUCUAUAUACGGCUUGCGGGUGCCGUCUCCCAGUUCCCGGAGGUAGCUGUGUGUUCAGCCAGGAGCUUUAAGCCUUGCACGCGCUGUCCCGCGCGGGAUGGCCGCCCGGGCUGAGUGGGCGUUCAGGCGCGCCUCGGGUCGUGUGAUGGGGUUGGCACGUGUGUGGGCGGCGCACCGGGCUGCUUUGGAUCGGGCUGUCGGGGAGGAGCUGUGGGGUCUCGUUGGUCUAACGUUGCCCCUCCCGUAAUUUGCGUACAAUAUUCGGUCGGCGGCCCAAUGCACUGGCCGUAGGCCACCCCAUCACUCGCUUUCACUUCUGUCUCCGAUCUGGGUCUGGAUCUGGAUCGAUCGGAAGAGGUCCCGCUGUUCCAAACAUCGGGGCGCCGCGAAAUGUAUAUCAAGUACCCAAAUUGUCGUACAAGUUGUUUGCUAUAUUUUCGCAAAUACAUGCUCGAUACAGUA